AUGCUCUAGGAAGUGUUAAGAAACUUCAAGGAACUUCGAGCCAAAUUUCAAAAGCUUGAUGCGCCAUCUCUCCCAGGACCUGUUAAAUUCCCAGAAGGUGUUUCUCAAAAGGGUGACGCUGGAAGCAGACAGUCCACAAAGACUUUGGCCAGUGGGAAACACCCCUCUUCCAACCACAAUGAGCCCCUACCCAACUGUGCCAGUGGUGACUCCCAGCCUCUUAAACCCCAGAAAGUGAAGUUGGCUCAGAAAAGCGAGACUCAGAAAUGUUCUAAUUUCCUGGAACCUCCUGGGAGUUCUUCUGGUUCUUCAGUAAAUUCACAGAAGGCUUCUCUGCUGUUAGGUGUGAAUCAGUCAAAUGCUGAGAUAACCACUAAGAAGAAAGUAAUGGUGAACAACAGCUUCAGAAACAAGCUCUGGAACUGGGAGAUUUUAUCUCAGAAAAGUGAGGUGUCAUCAGUCUUUAUCCCUGCCAGUUGUGGAAGCAGGGCCUUCCAUCUGGAAGAGCAGAAAAGCAUAGGGCUUCCUCCAGAGGAGCCCAGGAAAAAGCUGGAAAGAAAAGGAGCCCAGACCCUUCCUUCCCAGAGGCGCUUGAUGGCCCAAAGAAGAUUGUGUGUCACCUCUGAAGAUCCCACUGUUCGACUUUCUCCACGUAGCAGGAGGAGCCCAGCAAACCCCAGUCCUGAGAAGAGCCCGGCAGGAAGCACCUGCUGCCCUACCUAUGAUGGUGAGUUCACCAGCCAGGCCCCAGAGAACCAGCCGGAUGUCAGUCAUCCACAACUUCCCAAUACCAAGCCACUGCCUUCUGUCAAGUCCCUGGGUCCUCCUCCCGCAAAGCCACCGAGGCCCCCGGUCGUGAACCUCCAGGCCUUCCAGAGGCAGGCAGCUGCUCUUCCCAAGACCCACAGGGAAGCAGCUGAGGAGGAAGGUGACCUGCCUCCGGAGAGAGUUUUUAAUGCUGAAUUUGAAGAACCACAUAAUUAUGAGGCAACAAUUUCCUGUCUGAGACACUCCAGCAACUCCAUUAACCAGUGCACCACAAAAGAGAUUGCUGAUUCAACUUAUGAAGUCAGAAUUGAAGAACUCCAAAAGCCUUGGAAGAGUUUUCUCCAUCAAGAACUUAGCCUGAAACAUGAGGAUGAAAAUAAAAAAAUGAAGGAAAAAGAGCCAUGCAAAUUGGAACCACGAAAAAAAGAAAAGGAUCUAUAUUCAGACUAUCUUUCCAAGGUGGGUGCCUAUGAAGACACACCUGGAAAAACCCAGAUGGUGAAAGUCCACAGGGAUAGGAGGAGCACACUGGCCAGGAAGCAGGAUGCUGAGAUUGACGUCAUCCAGACAGAGGCCUGCCCCAAGGACCCCAAGCUGGACAGACACUCCGAUGGCCACUUGGGGUAUGUGAAGGCCUUGGAGAUGACUAAAGAAACCCCAGGCCAAGGAGCCUUUAAGCCAAAUUCUAUUUCCGAGACAUAUGAUGAUGUUGAGUACCCUGGGAGAGAGGGAGCAAAGUCAGAUGUCUCUAACUCAUUUGUCUCAGAUAAAGAAAAUAGUGAAGAAAUGUAUGAAGAUGUCUACAAAACAAAGAGCAACUACCCAAAGAUAGAUUUAGAUGGAAAAGAAGCACUUAAAAGACUGCAGAGGUUCUUCAAGAAAGAAAAGGAUAGAUUUAAAAUGAAGAAAACCAAGUCAAAAGAAAAUAUAAGUGCACUUUCCAUUUCGCUGCCUGAUUUAGAACUUAGGUCUCAGGAAGUUGUUAUCUAUGAUGAUGUGGACAUAAAUGAAAAAAAGUCAAAUGAUGAAGAUAAACUAAAGACUUGGAAGCCCAAGUUUUUCAUAUCAAAGGAAAAAAAGAAAAAUGGUGCUAAAGAAUCAGAAAGCUUAUCUCCCAGGAAUUUCUUCAAAACCAGGAAGCAAAACUUAGAAAAGAACAGAAUGGAAAGAGAAGAAAAACUUUUUAGAGAAAGAUUCGAGUAUGACAAAGAAAUUACUGUCAUGAACACAGCAGUGGCAUGUUCCAAUAAUUCAAGAAAUGGAAUAUUCGACUUGCCAAUAACCCCUGGAGAAGAACUGGAAGUCAUUGAUAUCACUGAAGAAAAUCUAGUGAUAUGUCGCAAUUCUAAAGGCAAAUAUGGAUAUGUGCUAAUUGAACAUCUAGAUUUCAAGUAAGUGGUUUGAUUUUAUACUUUAAUAAAUUCUAAAUACAUAAUACAUUAUUCUGUCUAUAAGUCUCAAGGAAAGACUAUUUCAUAUAUUUAAAUUCAGGAAAAGUUUUUCAAUAUGCAAUGCCCUAUUCUAUAAGGAUUACUUGGAAGAGACUAUUUUUGUGUCUGCCGCUCCUGAGGUUAUCAAACUUCUCUACAGAGCAUAUUUAUAAACAUUUUAAAGGAGCAUAAGAAUAUUAAACUGGAUAAAAAAUUCCCUUGAAAUCUCCUACUCACUAUUCCAUGGACCUGUAUUUCAAAAUGUUUGUCUAUUUUUCUUUUUUCUCAGGCAUGAAGUUUGGUCACCUUAGGAAGAUCAAGAUCAAAUGGUACAGUCUGCACAAGUGAGA